UAGCUGUUGAUAUUUGACGUAUAUAACUGGUUUUACCUUUAAUCAAUCAAUAACAGAGCAUUGCGGGUUAGUGUGACAAUUUAAUGCUACUCUACACGUAUAGGGAAUGUAAAUGACACGAACACGGUGUAUUCGACAGGCUAUUGUAUGAGGACACAACUCCUUCUUUGUUCUGUUUUAUGUGUUUUCGCACCUUAAUGAGUGAGUGUGUUGUAUAUGUAUUAUAUUGAUGAUAAUCUACCUUUUACUAUGAGGAAUACGCGAUGUUGUAAUAGAAGUGGCUGCUGGUAUUUUGAAAUCAGCAUUUCCACGCAGGAACGAGUGUAUUAUUUGGUCAGCAGCACCGUGGCGGUGAAACGUAACGAAGUUCACGUUCACUCAUUUAAUAAGAGGCGUUUUGCCUCGUACACAAAGCACAAGCUCACACAUUUCGCUUUACGGUAAUUCAAUGCCACCCAGUGGUGAUGCGUAACGAUGCACCACAAUAACUAAUUUCAACACACGUCCUUUGCUGUGUUUUCAUUUUGUUCUCGCUUGAAUGCAGUGUAUUUAAUGUCAUGUUCUUACGUUAUAUUGUUUGUCUAAUCCGCCCAUGUAUCUUACUGCCGUUACGUUAAUUUCGUCCGUACAGCUACAAAAAUAAGGUGUACGUUUCAAAUCGCGUGUCAAUGAUUGCGUAUGUCUUUCGGAUAACAAAAAUCAUUAAAACAAGUGAAGGUGGACAAUGUGCAAAUCAAAUACGAACACAAACAUGUAUUAUUCUUGUGCAUUUCGGAAAACGACAACGUUUCAACCUCUAGCCAAUGCGCUACACUACAGAAGCACACUCGCAUGGCUCUAGGCCACAAAGGAAGAGGGAACUACAGUUCCCAUCAGCCAUUGCGCAUCCCUCCACCGCAAACAAAGAGCCGCAUACAGGCACACGUUACUCGAGGAUUAAAAAAAAAAAAAAAAAGAUACGUAUCUCAGUAUCGGUAACAUAACGCAGCGGAGAGUAUGACGCCGCAAACAAAUAUUACCGCCAUAACGGAAAAUUCGGCCUGGGUCGUUGCGUGAUUUCACGUUUCCGGAAGUUGGAGUGGCGGCGUGAGAAAGAGCGAGCGCGAGCGCUGUCCGAGGUGCUGACACAGUGAGUAGCCUGAAGAUGGAUGAACCUGAAGAGUCCUUGUCCCACAACUCCGGCGACAACCCCCCGAGUGGUGAAUCUGUCAGCACUGCACAUUGCAACGGAGUCCCGGGUCGCAGGGCCCUGCUGCGGGAGCCCGAGGCACACGGACUCCAGCUGCUGGCAGUGCUCAGGUCCUUCAGGGAGCAAGGCUUGAUGUUUGACUUCACCAUCAGGGUCCAGGAACGCAGCUUUCCCUGCCACCGCUGCGUCAUAGCAGCAUGCAGCGAUUUCUUCAGGGCCCUGUUCGAGGUGGACAUGAGAGAGCGCGGUGAUGGUUCAGUCACUCUGGGUAACCAGUGCACGGCGGCGGUGGGUUCUUUCCUGGACUUCGCUUAUUCCGGAGAGACACUCAUCACUGAUGGCAAUGUAGACAUGAUGUUCCAGCUUGCCUCUUUUCUACAGGUGUCUGUCCUGUCCAGAGCAUGCAGCAACUUCUUGAUAGGAACAAUGGAUCUUAGUAAUUGUCUGUCCCUCUUGUCCCUCGCUGAGGCCUACGGCUCUGCUUCCCUUCUCCAAAGUGCCAACCAGUUUGUGGUUCAGAACUUCUUUGACCUCUCCAAAACCCAGGAGUUUCUUGAUAUUCAGGUGAAUGUAUUGGAGGCAUGCCUAAGUUCAGAUGCUCUAAACGUGCCCAGUGAGGAGGACGUGGUGAUGUCACUUCUUGGAUGGACACGUCACGAUCUCUCAAGAAGACAGAAACUGUUGCCAGGCCUUCUAUCUCUAACCAGACUCCACCAUCUACCUGCAGCUGUACUAAAGACUCUGCGUGACUCAGACGCCCUGCUCUGCGAUGGUAAGUCGUGUCUCGCCCUGCUCUCGGAGGCUCUAAGCAAGCAGGUUCAUUACAGCGGCCUGCUCUGUGACGCCAGGCCAGCCACCACGCAGACCUACAUCUACAUCCACAAGACGGAGGAGAAUGGAGAGAUCCGCCACACCUUCUGCUACUGUCUGGAAACAGACCAGUGGAAAGAGCUGGGAACAGAGGGGGGCGCUGCGAUGCCAGACCCACCAGGAUCCUGCCUUACCAGCUUUGGAGAGAAGAUGUUUGUGACAGGUGGUUGCCGGGGGAACUGUUGCCGGACAACACGUCUCCAUGUGGCAGAACCGUUCCACGACGCCACGGAUGAGGUUUGGUGCUUCUGUCCCGUGACCCUAACCUGCACGCCCGCGCCUGCCAUGCGAAAGCCCAGAACCACGCACACGGCCGUAACCUGCCUGGACAGGGUGUACGUGAUCGGAGGACGGACCAAGGGAUCAAGAGGUGGAGCUCCUAGUCUGCUGGAGGUGGAGUAUUAUAACCCUCUGAUCCAGACCUGGUGCUCCGUCAGCCCGCUGCCCACUGCCAUCUUCUACCCAGAGUCCAGUGCUUGCGGAAGUGUCAUCUACACACUGGGCUCAGAGGUGGAGAUCACAGACUCCUUCAACCCCUCGCUGGACUGCUUCUUCCGCUACGACGCCCAGCAGGACCAGUGGAGCCGCCUGGUGGCAGAGUUUGGCCAGUUCUUCCAUGCCACGUUGGUCAAGGCAGUGUCCAUUAAUGAUACGCUGCACCUUUGUGACCUGUCCACCUACAAGGUCUACAGUUUUUGUCCAGAGACCUGCACGUGGAAGGGUGAAGGGUCAUUUGAGUGUGCUGGGUUCAAUGCCGGAGCGGUUGGUAUGAGAGACAAAAUCUACAUCCUGGGCGGAGACUAUUCACCCGACGAGAUCACCGACGAAGUUCAGGUGUACCACAGUGAGAGAAACCAGUGGGAGGAAGUGACUCCCAUGCCCAGAGCACUCACCGAGUUCCACUGCCAGCUGAUCAGCUUCAACAGAUACAAAGACCCCUGGGGUGACACUGCGUGACACACAGGAGACACCCACCCAUGAAAACAUUUGAGUGGCUACACAUGCAGGUGUUGGACUCACUCAUGCAGGUACCCAUGAGUCACCGUUAAAGCUUUCAAACCGUGCAAGACAGAGAGCUGAGCCAGAGAAAGACCUAAGACUGUCCUCGCAUCACUCACACAUCUUCAUAACACAACGGCAUCCGGGCCAGAUCCUUUUCUUAUUUAUUGACUUUUUCCUUAACUUUGUACGUGUGAAGCCCCUAAUGCCACAGGACCUCUGUUGUGUCAUUCAACAUCUGGUGUCUCCCAUGGAGGAACCCUAUAGAAUGGACUAUUUUAGAAAUUCUACUUUAGUAUCUAUUUUUUCAGUUUUGGAUGAACAGGACAAUUACCCCAAAGAGGUAUGUGUUCAUUUAUCAGCUCUCUGACAGCUCAAGUAUAGAAAAUAAUACUUUGUUGGGUACUAUUCAACGUCCCUUUCGUGAAUUUGUUUGCACCGUGAAUGGAUCAAAUGACUUGUGCUGUACAAGAUGGUACAGAUUAGAAAAUACACAUUAUGUUGUAAUAUUCAUGGCUGGGAUGUACAGUUCAACUGAUUUUUUUCCAAAUUUGUUUUAUUUUUUUUUCUUUGCUUUUAGCUGAUAAAGAACUGCUCAUAAAUAUUACAUUAUAUUAUAUUUAAAACUGAACUAUAUAAUUUAGUGGAAAUACUGUGUGGAUGAUCUGGAUAGAUUUUCAUUUAAAACUACUUUAUUAUAUUAAACAUUUAUUCUGUUUUAGGCUG